AUGUGCUAUGACACAAUUGCUGCCAACAUUGGUCGACUCAAUGGUGUAUGCAAGUCUCUGGGAGCUCAAUGGGAACUCAAUGGAAGCUGCAAGCAUUACAUUGCUGAGCUUGUAUUGGACUUGCGCGUGUUUGCAAAAUGUGGUCUAAUUACGACGACGAAAAGCGACAAGAACUCGAUCGCCUCAACCAAAAAAAGUGAUUGGGAGAGUCCAUUUCCGAAUCUCCGGGACAUUUUUAAUCAUGAUCAAAUCGAGUGGCUUUUCAUGGAAGAUGUGAAUAAGAGCAAUUAUGGAAAGGCCAACUUCGUCGAUUUUGCCAUAAAGGCCGGCUACAUAGACGAGUUCGUCGUGAUAAAAAGCGGCAAGCUGAUACUUCGUCGCGUCACGCCGAUCCAUCACGCGGGAAGAAAUCCCAAGUGUACUCGUGAGGUCGUCGACAGUCUGUUCAAAAUUUACAACAAGUUUGACAGAAACUACAUCGACGAGGAGUUCGGCCUAUCUCAUUUUCAAGUGGCCUGUAUGUUCGGCUGCGUCGAGGCAGUCGAGAAAUUCCUCGAGCUCGGACAGGAUCCCAAUCAGUACCCGAUGGCAAAACCUGACCCAGCGAAGUCGAUCGAUCCGCCGCUGCACUUGGCUCUCGAGCGCAAACACGCCAAGAUCGUCGAGCUGCUGAUGAAAAAAGGAGCCGACCCUAGUCUGGUUAACGUAGAGGGAAUGACGCCUGUGCACGUAGUGUGCCAGAAAGCCGACGAAGACGAUGACGAAUUUCUGGAUUUGUUCUUCAAGAUCUGCGAGGAGAACCAACGAGCCGUACAAAUCGAUGCUCGGGACAAAUUAGGUAAUACGCCGCUGCACUUGGCUCUGAUCAAAGGCAAAAAGAAUGUAGCUGAAUUACUGCUGCGGAAAGGUGCCAAUGCAAAUUUAGCCACCAAGGAUGGAUACACUCCUCUACACUUGAUUGGCAAGUAUACCGACGACGAUGACUUGCCAGAGAGGUUCUUCAAGGUCUGCGACGAACAACAGCUGAAGGUUCGAGUCGACGCCCGGGACAAGUCGGGCAAUACACCGCUGCACUUGGCUCUGAUGCACGAACACAAGUGGGUGGCCGAAUCGCUGCUGAAGCACGGCGCCGUUCCCGCGUUGGCCAACGACAGCGGCAAAACUGCUCUGCUCGUUGUCUGCGAGAAAGGCGCGAGCAUGGACAUCGAUGCGAUGGAGAUGCUGUUCGCGUACAGCGACAAGAGACGCUGGCCGUUGCUGAUCGACGAGGGCCGGGACGCAUCAUCGAUCUUCGACGACGACGACGACGAGUGGACGUCGAGGUGGAGGGUCGACGCCAGGGACGAGUCGGGCAGAACGCCGCUGCACUUGGCUCUGGUCCACGGCCGACUGGACGCGGUCGAUUGGCUGCUACGACGAGGCGCCGAUCCGAACGCCACCGACGAGGAUGGAUCGACGCUUUUGCACGUUCUCAGCCGAGGAAGCAGCGAUAUCGAUUUGGCGAAGAUGUUUUUUGAGAUCUGCGACGAGGUCGGUCGGCCGUUGCAGGUCGACUUCCAGGACAAGAGGGGCAACACACCGUUGCACUUGGCUCUGACCUACAACAGCAUGAAAAUGGCCGAAUUACUUCUGAGCAGAGGUGCCGACCCGAACUCGCGUAACAAGAAUCGAGAGACUCCUCUGUUUGCUCUUUGCCGAAACGAACGGGGCAGUCUUGAAAUGGCUAAGCUGUUGUUCAAGAUCUGCGACGAGCUACACAAGUCGGUCGACGUCGAUGCUCAGGACAUAUCGUACCGGACGCCGCUGAGCCUGGCUCUGACGAACGGAGACGAGAGGCUGGUCGAAUUGCUGUUGAAACGGGGCGCCUGUCCAAAUACAGCCGACGACGACGGAUUGACCGUUCUGCACCUGAUCUGCAGGAGAGAAUACGACUUCGAAAUGGCGAAGCUGUUGUUCGGCAUCGCCGACGAAAAAAAUCGGCUGGUGCAGGUCAAUCGCGAGGACAAGUGGGGCCGUACACCGCUGCAAUACGCCGUAGCGAAUCUCUAUCCGGAAAUGAUCGACGUUCUAUUGGAUCGUGGCGCUGAUCUGUCCAACUUCGUUUUUCCCACUCGGCUUGACUUCGUGUGGUUCUCGAAACCACAUGUUUAUGAACGCCAGAAAUUUAUGAACGGCGAGACGAGGAGAGAUUUCGAAUUCGAACGGGCUAUGCCGCUGGUCUUGCAGUCGCUGGAAAAACGAGGAUACCGGCUGGGCCGAUACGGCGCCCUCACGAUAAUCCAAAUUUUGGAUUUCAAAAUUGUCGACGAGCCAGUGCUCGUCGGGUGUCGGAACUGCGAAAACUUCGCGAGCAAGCCGACGAUAACUCCGCGCGAGAGGCAGAAGUGGCGAGGAUUUUUCCUGCACUGGGCCGUGGAAUUUUUCCGGACGCUGACGCGCUACCGUCUGUCCAAAUCCAGCUGCGAGAGGAUCGUCGAGCGACUGACGAACGUCGAUCUCGUGAAUAUAUGCCUGACCGGAAAAGGCCCAGACAGCAGAGAAGAGCAGGAGUUCCAAUACCGUCGAUUAUGGCCACGGAUACCGCCAAGGCAAGAAAGAUCCAGAUUUGACCCGAUGCCUUUUCAUAAGACAGAACGUUUUUACAUGUAAAAUUAAAAUUUUAUUUCGAGGAAAUAAGACAUGUUAUUUAAACUCUAAACGCCUGUAAAUACGCUCAAUGUUUGUUUUUAUUUUACGAUUGCCGACUCGCAGAGUUUGCCGAGAAUAAAAUUUUUGGAAAUAAAUCGUACAUUAAAUUAUA